ACCCCAAUCCCAGCUGGUGGCAGCUCCUUCCACUGGGCUGAAGGGGCUGAUGUGGGGUCUGAGAGUGCUGGGGAGGGCAGGGGGCAGGUUUCUGUGGGCAACAAGGAAAAAGUCUUGUGCAAGUGCAAGGACAACAAGGGAAAAGUCUUGUGCAAGUGCAAGAUGCUCUGAUGUGGUUUCCUGCUCCCAUCAACUUGCCAAGUUCUGGGUGCUCAGUCCCACUGUCAGGAAACAUCCUCUGUGUUUGCCAGCCCCAUCCUCUCCUGGUUUCUCUCAGACCAUGAGAUCCAGGGGACAGUACCCAGCCCUAUCCUUGAGUUCAUUGCCAGCUUUGGAAACCAUUCUUCUCAAUUUUUUUUUGUUUUUUUUAGUUAGAACUUGCCAACUAAAUGAAGACCAGAAGCAAAGCUUGUCCUACUGAUACCUCUCCAGAAUUGAGUCCUGGUGAUGGCAGCAAUGACAGAGACCAACAACAUCCAUGCAGUGAUGGAAGGGCCAGAAGGAGAUGAUGCCAAGUGCAGUUUCCAUCAGAGAAUAUUCCUGGAACCCCAAGAGAAGAAGAGUAACAUGAAGGCUCUGCUGGUUAAGCAAGCAAAGAAAACUUGCAGCUGCACCCCUGCCAAAAUUAAAGAUUGUGUUCUGGGGUUUUUCCCCAUCUUACAGUGGCUUCCUAAAUACAAACUCAGGGAGGAUCUCCUGGGGGAUGUCAUGUCUGGUGUGAUUGUGGGGGUCCUGCUGGUGCCACAGUCCAUUGCCUACUCUCUCUUGGCAGGGCUGGAGCCCAUUUAUGGCCUCUACACCUCCUUUUUUUCCUGCAUAAUUUACUGCAUCUUCGGCACCUCCCGCCACAUCUCCGUCAGCAUCUUCGGCGUGGUGUGCCUGAUGGUGGGGCAGGUGGUGGACAGGGAAGUGGAGAGAGCUGGCUUUGACCUGGAUCCAGUGCUCAGUGUCCUGGGAGGGGACAGGAACAGCACCAGGAACGGGACAGAGCCGCUCUGUGACAAGAGCUGCUACGCCAUGGCCGUGGCUGCCACCAUGACCUUCAUCUCUGGAGUUUACCAGGUGGCCAUGGGUUUCUUCCAGGUGGGCUUUGUCUCCGUGUACCUCUCGGAUUCUCUGCUGAGUGGGUUUGUCACAGGGGCAUCCUUCACCGUCCUGACCUCACAGGUCAAGUACCUGCUGGGGCUGGACAUUCCCCGGAGCGGGGGCAUCGGCUCCCUCGUCACCACCUGGAUCAACAUCCUCAGGAACAUCCACAGGACCAACAUCUGCGACCUCAUCACCAGCUUCCUCUGCUUCCUGGUGCUCAUCCCGGCCAAAGAGCUCAACGAACGCUUCAAAUCCAAGCUCAAGGCUCCGAUCCCGGUGGAACUCUUUGUGGUUGUGGCCGCCACUCUGGCGUCUCACUUUGGGAAGCUCAGAGAGAAUUAUGGCUCCAGCGUUUCCGGGCACAUCCCCACUGGGUUUCUGCCACCACGCCCUCCAGACUGGAGCCUGAUUCCCAACGUGGCGUUGGAUGCCAUCCCCAUCGCCGUCAUCGGCUUUGCCAUCACCGUGUCUCUGUCGGAGAUGUUUGCCAAGAAGCACGGCUACACCGUCAGGGCCAACCAGGAGAUGUACGCCAUCGGCUUCUGCAACAUCAUCCCCUCCUUCUUCCACUGCUUCACCACCAGCGCAGCUCUUGCCAAAACCCUGGUCAAGGAGUCCACGGGCUGCAGGACGCAGAUGUCCGGCCUGGUGACCAGUUUGGUGAUCCUCUUGGUGCUCCUGGUGAUCGCGCCGUUGUUUUACUCCCUGCAGAAAUGCGUCCUGGCCGUCAUCACCGUCGUCAGCCUCCGCGGAGCCCUGCGCAAGUUCAGGGACCUGCCCAAGAUGUGGCGCCUGAGCAAGGUGGACACGGUGAUCUGGGGGGUCACCAUGGUGGCCACGGCGCUCAUCAGCACCGAGAUCGGGCUCCUGGUGGGGGUUUGCUUCUCCAUGCUCUGCGUCAUCUUCCGCACGCAGCGGCCGGAGGCGCCGCUGCUGGGCUGGGUGGCCGAGUCGGAGACCUACGAGUCCCUCUCUGCCUACAAGAACCUGCAAACCAAGCCUGGAGUUGUGGUGUUCCGGUUUGAAGCCCCCCUCUACUACAUCAACAAGGAGUGCUUCAAAUCCACCCUCUACAAGCAAACCGGGGUCAACCCCGUGUGGGUGAAGGCGGCCAGGAAGAAAGCGGAGAAAAGGAUGCUCAAGGAGAAGGAGGCGGGGUCUGGGGACAAGCAGAGCAGCAUCCCCGUGGAUUUGGGGUUGGAACCUGUGGGGUUUCACACCAUUGUCAUCGACUGCUGUGCCGUGCAGUUCCUGGACACGGCCGGCAUCCGCACGCUCCAGGAGGUCUGCAAGGACUACGGGGACAUCGACGUCCUCGUGCUGCUGGCCCAGUGCAACCCUUCUGUCAGGAGCUCCCUGCUCCGAGGGGAGCUCUUCAAAGAGGGAGAGGAGCACCUGCUCUUCCACAGCGUGCACCAGGCCGUGGACUUUGCCCUGGGCACGCGGGGGCACGGCGCUUCCAGGAACUAGCUGGGCAGGAGAGGGGAUUGGAAGGAAGCCUGGGCAAACACGUGUGUGUGUGUGCAAUCAGUGUGUGUGUGUGUGUGUGGAAUCUGUGUGUGUGUGUGUGCUCAGGCAGCAGGGCAGGGUGCUGCCAGCACUGGGACUGUGCCACCUCUCUGCAUUUACCUGCGGGUGCUGAAGGAAGGGAGUUCUUACCUCGGCUGUGGCCAAUCUGCAAAUCUGAGCUUUGCGUAGCGUCGUUCAUCUCAUCUCUUCUCUCUGGAGCUUUCUCAGUUCCACUCUUGAGUUGUGCUCGAGGCUUUUUUGCAGCUCUGUCCUUGUGGGUGAGGUGGGGAUUUGGAGUAGGCUGGAUGUCCUGUCCAGCUGAAGAAUGAACCAACUCGUUUCUCACCGCUCCUUCUGGCCUGGCUUUCCAUCACCACACCCUUGUGUUUGCCAAGGAAUGGCUGCCAGGGACUCUGCUCUGGUCUGUACUGGGCAGUGCUUGAUUUUGCAACCUCCCUGAAUCUCAGAUAGAGAAAUCAAAUCUGAACAUGCAGGGAAAUAUCUAAAUUAAUAUCUUUUAACCAAGCACCUCUCACCUCCAGAGGUUUUGGCACUGCCUCCUAAUUCAGCCAGGCCACGAGGGCAUGGUUAUCUCAUUUCUGCACAGGCCUAAACCUGCUUGUGCCCAUGGAAAUUCCAACCUGAUUUUAAUGAUUUUUAAUGAUUGUUUUUUUUUUGUAGGUGACUCUUUAGAAGUCUGAUUCCUUCUCAUGGUCAGUCAAUUGCUUUCCUAAUAUUUAGGAACUCUUUUGAAUUGAGAACAUUAGAUGUGGAAAAUAUUUAGUUCUUUAAUUUUAACCAAAAAAAGUCCUUUCUAGGCAGUUUUUUAUGCCAGGCAGAGAGCACCAAAGUGAAAAGGGACAAAUAGAUUGUCCAACAUCUGCCCAGAUGUGUCCCUGUCACACAGACUUUGUGCAUGAAUGCAGGAUUUAUUGCCUGUACACCCUUCACCCUGUCCUGGACUUUAUGCAAUGGGAGUGAACAGAUCAUUGGAAAAGGAGCCAGGAAGAUUCUUUCCUGAACUUCUUUUUUUACAAGUUCAGUGUAAAUAGAGCUUUUUAUUUAGAUUUUAAAUUAUGUGGAAGUGAAGAUUGCUUGUUCUUCAUGCUGAAAUCCAAGGGGAGGAGGAGAUUCUCUUUCCUCACAGCAGUAGAAGACAAUUGUGAAGGCAGAAUUGAGAGGUUGCCAGCUUUUCCUGAAUACCAGCUGUACACUGCACACAUCCCUGGAAGAGGGUGCUUUCCUCCCAGAGGAGUUUACAGUCUGAAUUUCAGGUGCUUCACAGCUUUUAAAAGGGAAAAGUGCUGUGUACAGACAACAUCUCAUCCUUAAUCAUUCUAAAAUAAUCAGCCAGAAGCCAAAAAAGGCGUAAAAUACAAUAUGAAUUGUGAAAUGUUUACUAAAUAGGAAGAUAUUUUGAGUUUUGUUGUUUUUUUGGUUUUUUUUCUGAGCAAGGGCCAGUAGCUAUUCUCUUUUUUCUGUGAAAGCUGAAUGUCAUGGGUCAUCCCACCCUGGGAGCCUCAAAGAAGGAUGAGGCAGCAGGAAGAUGAGUCAUUUUUGUGUUAACUGAAAUAAAUUACGUUUUUUAGGACACCAGAGCAGCAUGGAAGUACUGGGGGAGGUGAGGGGUGGCUGUAGCACAGCUUGGAAAAGGAGAACCUCAGUGCUCCCCACCCAUUCCAUGGUGAGGAAAGAAUCCUCUAAGUCAGCAGCAUUCAAACCCCAGAAAUCUUCUGCAUCAGCCUUGUUUACGAAGGAGAUGAAUCCCAAAAAGGAGAUGAAUCCCAGAUUCUGCUUAAUUUUUCUUGUGCUGCCAUAACCUCCUGCAUGAACAUUUUUAUUCUGGGCUGAGGAUCCUUUGUGCAGCCCCCUGAGCCCCCCAAAUGACCCUAAAGUCCCCCUAAAAUGCCCCCCAAACCGACCCCAAGAUUCCACAAAAAAUGGCUCCAGAUUCCCUGUAAAAUGUCCUGAAAAUCACCCCAAAAAUGGCCUCAAACCCCCCAAAAAUGGUCUCAAAAAUUAUCUGAAAAAAAGCCCCCAAAUCACUUCUAAAAUGUCCCUAAAUGCCCCCACCGAGCCCCCCA